AUGCUGGCAUUUGUCAAGCGCGCGCACUCCGUGCUGAAGUUGCUGGGCAAGAACAAAGGGCGGCUGGUCCCAUACUUUGAAUCAGAAGACUGGAUCCGGAGGAGUAAUAUGAUGUUGCGUGCGCCAACGAAUGUUGACAUCGGAGAGACCUACGUAGCCGACGAGCAGGUGCUUUGCGACUGCCUCAGCCACUUGCUGGCGGACCAGAGAGGCUGGCUUUGGAUGGCGGACCUCAAGCGCCUCUUCCGUGAAAGGUUUAGGGCCGAGAUGAGUGAGACGGCUUUCGGGUGCGUCUCCAUGACCGAGCUGUUGUCGCAGCCGUUCAUUCUCGCCCGGUUCAAUUUUCACAAAGACGACCGUGGCUGUGGAUACCUUUGCUUCCGUCGACGAAGGCGACUAGCUAAGAGAGAAUCCGUCGCCUCCAUCCGCACUCUGAAGGACAGCAUGAUCACCCUCGAUCAGCAGCCGGCCGUGGCGAACCAUUUCCCUGCGGGCUCAAUCUUGUCGUCAUGCUCAAACGCCACUGCUGCACUUGAUGAAGCUGCGGGCAAGCAGCUUGAGACACUUUCUUGGCAGGGGUUGCGGACACUCUCUCCCAUGUACGUUCCCGCAAGUCACAUUCAGACUCCGCAACGGGUGGAAGCGUCGCCAUGCGGUUCUCCCAGCAAAGAUGCAGUGCCUAAUCUCCUGGCGGAGAGCGUGCAUGGAAGGCCUCAGGAAGCAAGCGAAGCCAGAGAUGAUGCGGAGAAUGAUGUGGAGAACGCGGAAGCACUUGUCACGGAUGUUCGGGGAAUCUCGCCCUUGCCACCCUGGUGCUCGGUGAAGCAUACCUUCAUCAAUUGCGAUGGAGUUCGAAACGACUGCUCUCUGACGUCGCGCUCUCACUCGGCCCCCUCACGUUCUGAUGAUGUGGCUCGUGACGUAGGGCACUGGACGAAAUUCGACUAG